AUGGCUGUUGAUGACUCACUGGCUGCCGAUGAUGAGACACAAAAUCAAGAGGAGGAGCAAGAAGAGGAUGAGGAGGCUGAUCAUGAGCAGCACAUUGGGACUGCUGAGGAAGGGAGCCAGCUUGUUGCGGCAAAUGAGGCUUCGGAUGAUGACUUGCAAGUCAUGACUCCUGUCAAGCAUGCACCGCAUGAGGUGCUUGUCGUGACUCCGGUGAGGCGACAGCUGAGCUUCGGAUCAGAGGCUUCAUCAGCUUCAGACAAGAGCAUGAGGCAAGUUGGCCUAAUGAGAUUCUGGUCGCCGGCGGGAGCAUCAGACAAGAGCAUGAGCUCUCCCGUGGGCUCUCCGCUGGCAGACCUGGAGGAAUAUCCUGAGGCGCCUCCCAGAAAGACGAAUAGGAUGAGCAUGGAAGAUACCAUAAGAGGCAUGCUGCGGAGAGGUGAGCUGAGUGUGGGUGGUCAGCGGUUGAGCUUGACCGCUGAGAACAUGAGAAGUGUUCAUGAGUCGAUGAGAAAGAGCACUGCAAGUCGAGGGCGGCCGAUCAAAUCCUCGAAUGAGCUCAGAGGAGUCUUGGGCGGAAGGAAAACCAACCGCAGGGCCAAGAAUGAGAAACCACGUCAGUUUGAGAUCGCGAUAAGCAUGAAGCAUGCCAUCUGCAAAGAGAUGUAUGAGCAGCGGCUGAGAUUUCCCAACGAGAGUUCCAUGCUUGAUGAGUUUUCCCGGGCCAAAAGCAUCAGAAAAGAUCGGCUGCAAGAGAUAUGGGCAAACAGAGCCGAAUGGGCAAAGAUGAGCCAGCAUGGGAGAGCCAAUGCCUCGGCCAAUGAGAUGAAGGGAACAAAGGCUCGCUUGAGACGAGAGGGAGGAGGCACCAAGAGGGAAUUUCCUGAGCUGGUUGAGAAGGUGAGGCACUGGCUGGAUAAGGAGAGGUCGCAUGGGCAUGUGGUCCUGGCAAAGCAUUUGGCCAUGACCUAUGGGUCAUUCCUCAAAGUGAGGGCUGAUGAGCUGUCCACCCUGCUGGAGAAUGAGGACUUGAGUAUCCCUGACCGAAAGGCCUAUCAGUUGAAGCGAGACAAGGCCAUGAGCCAGCACAAAGUGAUCAUGAGCACUUCCAAAUCAGCCGAUAAGAGAGGGGCAAUCUUGGCGAGAUGGUUGGGUGCGUCCAUAAGAGUGCCGAACCUGACCACCCAGAUCAGCGAAGUUGAAAUGCAGGUCAGGGCUGAGCUCUCGUGGCAAUACCACGAUUACCUCAUGAGCAUCAUCAGCCGGGGCGACGAUGAGCUGCGGAAGUUUUGCGCCAAGAUGAGCGAGGUGACGCCUGAGGUGAGAAAGAGAUGUGUCAUGGGAUUCAGCGAUCAGGUGCCCUUAUGGCUUAAGAAAACUUCACGUCGUGAGGUCUUCGCUAAGUGGGAAGUCCCCACUAAGAAGAGGAAGAUGAGCACUGGGCCUGAAUUCGAGAUGUUGGCCGAUGAGCACGAACCAAAGCAUGAGGAGCAGCCGCAUGACGCACCAAACCAGCCGCAUGAGGACCAGCCGCAUGAGGACCAGCCGCAUGACACAUGGGAGUUGGCGAAGCCCGGCAGUGAUGAGCAGCGAAAGCACUUGACUUCGAGGCGUGAGGAAAAGUCAGAUCGCUUUCGGGUCACCUUUGAGGCGAAUCAGCUGGUGAGCUCAUGGUUUGAUCCUGAGAAAGACCCCACGGGCCAUGUGAUCAGAGGCACUCUGAUUGUGCCUGGCUCCCAUGGGAACUUGGCCAACAUUGAUGAGCGCAAUUGGAUUCGGGAUGAGCGAUUCCAUUACAAUGGGCAAGACCGGAAGGGAAUGAGCGCUGGAAGGACAUUGGGGGCAUGGAGAAAGUUGAGAAGUGAGUCGCCUGAGCUGCUGACGCAUUUCAACGUCAUGAGUCAGCCAGCAUCGAACACGGAUGGUGUACUUCUUCCAUGGGGGAUCAUGGAGUCCGCAGCUGAGUACCCUUUGUCCUUAUGGAUGAGGGACUGCUAUGGACCUGCAUUCAGUGAGGCGAGCAUGAGAUCCAUGUUCCUGAGCCAUCAGAUCCCAUCAUUAGUGUUGCCGAAGAUGACAUCAUUGCUUCAGCUCACGGACACGGACUUUAGCCAUGCCUUCAAGGCUGCCGUGAGAAGAAGCCUGGAUGAGCAACACCGGCGGCAUGAGCCAGGCACAAAUGCGAGGGAUGGGCCGAUGCAUGAGUCGUUUACGAAACUGGGCAUCCGUGAGAUGGCGAAAGCCCUCCAUGAGGCCAUGGAACACAUGAUCAAAUUGAAUGAGGAAACAAACUGGGUUUUGGCCGGCUUGAGAAGGAAUGGAUGGUUGGCACUGCGGCCAGAUGAGACGGGAAAGCUCAAGAAAUGUGAUGAUCAGCCAUGGGCACAAGGCAUGCGAUUGGGCUGCAAACGAGUUGAUGAGAGAUGGCUCAAGAACCGCUUCCUGCAUUUGAGUGAUGAGGGCAUCGUGAGUCCGCCGAAUUGGGCAAGAGUGGACGGAGCAAAAGAUCUCAGCGACUUUGUCCAUUGGCAUUACGAUGAGGCACGGAAAACUGAGGCAGAUGCCGUCAUCGAAUUGGAUGACCCUGAUCAUGAACUUGAUGAGCCUGAAUGGCAACAAGCCGCCCAAUAUCAGCUGCCGCUGGACAUGAGACGGUCAUUGGCUGAGUAUGAGAAGAACAUCACUGAUGAGGCUAAAAAGCUGAGAGCAGACCGCAUGAAAAAAACUGUGAAGAGACGAGAACAACGAGAUGCCCUGAAGAAACUGUCUGAUGAGACGAAGGAAGAGCUGAGAGCCACACUGCAGAGCACAUCAAGGCAUGGGGGUGGGGGUGGGGGUGGCGGGCUUCGGUAA